GGAGGUCCUUGGCAACACAGACCCAGAUAGACACGAAAAUACAUUGUAACAAGAAUCAGCUAACAUUGUUUACCUAAUGAAUUAAUGCGUCAAGGAACUAAAGAAGAUUCACUGUGUGCCACGGGUCCAAGGAUUCGACAGCAUUCAUAUCUGGAGGAGUGGGCUAUUCAAAUCUCAAUCUGGAAAUGUUAUCAACAAUGUUCUGCACUGAUUCGAUGCAUUAAUUCAGAUUUCUAACUUAAACAUCUAGGCUACUGUACAGCAUUCCAAAAAUAAGCAAUGGGGCAUCCUCCUCUUGAGUUCAGCGACUGCUAUGAGGACAGUCCGGAUUUUAGAGAAAGACUAAAAUGCUAUGAAUUAGAAUUGGAAAGAACAAGCAAAUUUCUCAAAGAUGUAAUCAAAGACGGCAACAGUGUAAUCAAUGCAAUCAAGGGUUAUUCAGUGGCAGUGCAGAAGUUCUCCCAGACACUCAGUGUGUUCCAGUUCGACUUCAUUGGUGAUUCUCUGACAGAUGAUGAAAUGAACAUUGCGGAGUCUUUCCAGGAGUUUGCUGGUCUCCUACAGGAAGUGGAGGAUGACAGGAUGAUGCUGGUUCAGAAUGCUUGUGAUCUGCUUAUCAAGCCACUGGAGAAGUUUCGCAAGGAGCAAAUAGGAGUGACAAAGGAAAGAAGAAAGAAGUUUGAGAAAGAGAGUGAAAAAUAUUACUCUCAGUUAGAUAAACAUCUAAAUUUGUCAGCUAAGAAGAAGGAAACUCAGCUGCAGGAGGCUGACGAGCUGCUGGACAAAGAGAGGCGGAACUUCUAUGAGUCGUCAGUGGAAUAUGUGUAUCAGAUCCAGCAGGUGCAGGACAGGAAGAAGUUUGAUGUGGUGGAGCCUGUGCUGGCAUUUCUUCACAGUAUCCUAACACUCAACAACCUGACGGUGGAGAUGACUCAGGACUUCAUGCCCUAUAAGCAGGAGCUGCAGCUCAGCUUGCAGAAUACGCGGAACCACUUUGAGAGCACUCGUGAGGAGAUAGAGGAGCUGAUGAAGAGAAUGAAGCAGCAAACCCAAAUUGGUAAAAUGCACAGCCAACCAGUCAUUGAGGGCUACUUGUACUCUCAGGAGAAGUGGGCCUUGGGUGUGUCAUGGGUGAAGUACUACUGUAAGUAUCACAAAGACAGCAAGCUGUUUGUCAUGGUCCCUGCUGAACCAAAACCUGCAACCAAACAGGGCCCCACAGAGCUGAAGCUUAAAUCCUGCUUCCGCAGAAAGACAGAGUCCAUAGACAAGCGCUUCUGCUUUGAUAUUGAAACUUACGAGAGAAACACACCUGUCACACUCCAGGCAGUUUCGGAGGCCAACAGGAAGUUGUGGAUGGAGGCCAUGUACGGAAAAGAGCCUAUUUAUCAUUCCCCAAUUCACAAGCAAGCUGAAAUGCAAUUGAAUGAAGUUGGAUUCAAGUUUGUGAGAAAAUGCAUCAACUUUGUUGAAACUGAAGGACUCACACAAGAAGGAGUGUACAGAACUGUUGGCAGCAACAUCCAAGUCCAGAAGCUUUUAAAUGUAUUUUUUGACCAGAAAUGCCCAGGGGAUGUGGAUUUCCACAGCGCUGACUGGGACAUGAAAACCAUCACCAGUGCCAUGAAGUUUUAUCUCAGGAGUCUAGCAGAGCCUCUGAUGACCUACGGUCUCAACAGGGACCUCAUCUUAGCAGCAAAAUCGGAUAAUCUAGAUGAUCGACUGGGUGCAAUCCACUGCCUGACGUACAAACUCCCAGAGAAGAAUCGAGAAAUGCUAAGCCUACUGAUCCAACACCUGGUCAAUGUCUGCGGUAACAGUGGGGACAACCUGAUGACUCCCUCCAACAUGGGUGUGAUCUUUGGCCCCACCCUGAUGAGGGCAAAGGAGGAGACUGUGGCAGCCAUGUUGGAUAUAAAGUUCCAGAACAUUGUUGUUGAGAUUCUCAUUGAGGACUAUACCAAGAUCUUCUGCAGCGCACCAGAUGAGAGUUCCACAGCCCCACCGAUGCCUCCUCCAAGGAUCACCCCAAGGAAACGGCAACCAAUCACCAUCGCCAAGCGUCCGCUCCGCAUCUGCCUAGCAGUUAAUUGUGGCCAGCUCCAGAACACUGAGAAUGAGCAGAAAGGCAGCAGGCAGAAUGGCAGCAGACCAGAGGGGGUGGAUUUUGGCGGGGACACCCCAACGAGCCCCACACCUCUCCAAAGGACCAAACCCAUUACCGCCCCUCCACGGCUCCAUAGGGACACUCAAAGGCAGGCCCUCCUGCCCAAGCCAUCCACCCGCCAGGACAGACACUCAGACUCUGACGUUGCCAAACUUGUCGCUAAGCUACAAGACGGAGGUCAGAGGUCAGAUGCAACAGCCAAUGGUGAGACAGGAGUCACUGUGAACCGAGCGCAGUCCUUCCAAUGUAGGAGACCACCUCCUCGAAGUGUUGCAGUCAUCAGAGAAGCAAAAAGUGACGGCAUGAUAAAAACGAGGUCUCUAGCUGAGAAGCCUGCCAUCUGCAGACCUCCAACCAGACCCCCUGACCCCCCUAGCCGAUACCCUGCACCCCACAAGAGCCCCACUGCAGCCCCCAGCGAGGACACCCCAGCGUCGUAUGUUGCUUCCAAAGCCAAGUUUUUUGAGAAUGCUUCAAGGUAAUUUGGAAGCUCAUCGGUCUCACCUCCAGCAUCUACUUUACUCAAUGUGAAAGAGGAGGUAUGAUGUCCUGUGAUUUCACCCCCUCCCCUCUUACACUUUGUGAACAAGCAGACAGAGGGAGAGUAAUGGUUUGACUGAGCUACUGCAGAAGCGAUUUAGGGAUAGUUGAGAUAAUAGCUCAGCUUCAUACGUACAGUAUACCUGGAAUUGGGUUUCAAACACGUUACUGGUUUGAAAUAGGCCUUGCUAAGCUUUUAUGAACAAAUGUUGCCCUUAAACCAGAAGUAAAUGCCCGGGCCCUCUCCACAUUUGUUUUUUAAAUAAUUUUCCUUGUACUUUUGUGAUCAAAACCACUCUUUAUUUUCUCUUAGAAUUUAAGUUGAUGAGUCUGUUUCCAUGGCCUCUACUCCUGUCACUGACCUGUGGAACUGCAGUGAGUAUCUGGACACAUACUGUACUGUAGUGGAACAAAGGAAACAGAGUGCAUUUUGUCCUGUCAGUGGACACCCUCCUGCUUGUUGCUAUAAGGGACCCAAUUAACAUGUUGUUUAAUUUGUGAUAAAGGAGCUCCAGUCUAGAUAUGAAAACAAUCUGUUUAUUAAAGGAGGCCUUUUAUAUGUCUGUCUGAUCCAAAUCUUGGAGAUUUUGACAGCUGGAUCGAUAUUUAUACAUUCUAUGGGAUCAACCCUGUAAUGAUAUAAUUUAAACAAAAACAACUUACCCGUUAACUAAAUUAUGUAAUGUUAACUAAAUGAAUCCUGGUCCAAGUGGCUAGUUCCAGUAUACAGUUAUUUGACUUUUAAACUGCUCGAAAACAAGCUACUGUAGCUACCUAAUACCAUUUGGAUUCACAUACAUGUAGGCUAUACUGUAGUACCCUACUGUAACAGGUUGAAAUGAAAGCAAGCGACUCGGUUGUAGCACAAUAUUGUUAACUACUGUAGUAUCUUAAAGCAAAACUGAGAGCCAAAGGUGCAGAUUCUAAGUCUCAGUUGUUAUUUUACUGCUGCCGUUUAAUUAUUUGUGACUUUUAUUUUCAACUUUUUACUUAUCUAUUUUUUACUUAACACUUAUUUUUCUUAACUUCUUAAAGCAUUGUUGGUUAGGGGCUUGUAAGUAAGCAUUCCACUGUAAGGUCUACACCUGUUGUAUUUUGCACGUGACAAAUAAAAUGUUAUUUGAUUUGAGUUAUAUGAUAGGACUGUUGACUAUACUCCUUCUGUUCAUGAUGCACUUUGAUGAUUGAAAACAGACCACAGGAAUUCUGAUGUGCUGAAUACCAUAAUUCAUUUGGUUAAGCUUAAAGUCCUACUGUACCAGCCAUGAUAGCAAAUAAUAAGUAACGAAUAAUGAUCCACUCUCUGUCACACUAUGUUAGAUGCUGUUAGAGGGAAAGUGUCUCUGUCAAAAAAUCACAACCAUUCCCAUGUUCUUAAGAACCCUCAAAGCUGGAAUCCCUAAAUUCGUAGUGGUGAAACUGCCAUGUUCAUUUGCGAUAUUACAACAACAAAGACACUUCAACAACCAACACAGUUUUUCCCCCCCUUCGGACAUCAUUGCACACACAAUAGAACAGCACAGUAUGUACAACGACUUGUUUUUACCACGAUGCUAGAUGCUACUAUCCUCUUCAUAGUUAAAACAAAUAAGAUCUAUGCCUGGGGCGACCAUUGAUGCUGUUUCACCUUAUUCAGAUCUCAGCUUUAAGAACUCGUAACUAAAUUAUUUUGGAUAGUGGAAGCCAAAUUAGCACUGGUUUAUUUGAAGGCUCAGCAGUCCUAGUUUUUGCCAUUGUUAUUUUGUUGAAACUGAUGGUUGGCAUCUCCCCAUUUCCAUUUGGGUACUGUCAUUCAUACAACACUCCAACAUGAAUGUUUAUUAAGUAGUGACAUGUAUGUAGUGUGACUAAGACCACCAUUUACAGUUGAAGCCGGGAGUUUACAUGCACCUUAGCCAAAUACAUUUAAACUCGUGUUUUCACAAUCCCUGACAUUUAAUCCCAGUAAAAAUUCCCUGUCUUAGGUCAGUUAGAAUCACCACUUUAUUUUAAGAAUGUAAAAUGGCAGAAUAAUAGUAGAGAAAAUGAUUUAUUUCAGCUUUUAUUUAUUUCAUCACAUUACCAGUGGGUCAGAAGUUUAAAUACACUCAAUUAGUAUUUGGUAGCAUUGCUUUUAAAUUGUUUAACAUGGGUCAAAUGUUUCAGGUAGCCUUCCACAAGCUUCCCACAAUAACUUGGGUGAAUUUUGGCCCAUUCCUCCUGACAGAGCUGGUGUAACUGAGUCAGGUUUGUAGGCCUCCUUUCUUGCACACGCUUUUUUAGUUCUGCCCUCAAAUUUUCUAUAGGAUUGAGGUCAGGGCUUUGUGAUGGCCACUCCGAUACCUUGACUUUGUUGUCCUUAAGCCAUUUUGCCACAACUUUGGAAGUGUGCUUGGGGUCAUUGUCCACUUGGAAGACCCAUUUGUAACCAAGCUUUAACUUCCUGACUGAUGUCUUGAGAUUUUGCUUCAAUAUAUCCACGUAAUUUUCCAUCUUCAUGAUGCUGUCUAUUUUGUGAAAUGCACCAGUCCCUCCUGCAGCAAAGCAUCCCCACAACAUGAUUCUGCCACCCUCGUGCUUCAAAACAGUUCUAUUUUUGUUUCAUCAGACCAGAGGACAUUUCUCCAAAAAGUAAGAUCUUUGUUCCCAUGUGCAUUUGCAAACCUUAGUCUGGCUUUUUUAUGGCGUUUUUUGAGCAGUGCCUUCUUCCUUGCUAAGCGGCCUUUCAGGUUAUGUCAAUAUAGGACUCGUUUUGUUGUGGAUAUAGAUACUUUUGUACAUGUUUCUUCCAGCAUCUUCACAAAGUCCUUUGUUGCUGUUCUGGGAUUGAUUUGCACUUUUCGCAACAAAGUAUGUUCAACUCUAGGAGACAGAAUGUGUUUCCAUCCUGAGCAGUAUGAUGGCUGCGUGGUCCCAUGGUGUUUAUACUUGCGUACUAUUGUUUGUACAGAUGAACGUGGUACCUUCAGGCAUUUGGAAAUUGCUCACAAGGAUGAACCAGGCUUGUGGAGGUCUACGAUUUUUUUUCUGAGGUCUUUGCUGAUUUCUUUUGAUUUUCCCAUGAUGUCAAGCAAAGAGUCACUGAGUUUGAAGGUAGGCCUUGAAAUACAUCCACAGGUAUACCUCCAAUUGACUCAAAUGAUGUCGAUUAGCCUAUCAGAAGCUUCUAAAGCCAUAACAUAAUUUUCUGAAGUUUUCCAAGCUGUUUAAAGGCACAGUCAACUGAGUGUAUGUAAACUUCUGACCAACUGGAAUUGUGAAUUAUAAGUGAAAUAAUCUGUCUGUAAACAUUUCCUGAAAAAUGACUUGUGUCAUGCACAAAGUAGAUGUCCUAACCAACUUUCCAAAACUAUAGUUUGUCAACAAGAAAUUUGUGGAGUGGUUGAAAAAUUAGUGUUAAUGACUCCAACCUAAGUGUAUGUAAACUUCCGACUUCAACUGUACAUAGUAAUUACAUUGGCAGGUACUGUACAGUGUACCCAGUGUGGGUACACAACCCACAUAGGACCAGCAACUGUUAAACCGGUUUGUGGCUUGUACCAUUUCAAAGACUUGCAAAUUAAUUCACAAUGAAGAUUACUAUGUCAUUUUAAGAAUGCGUUAUAUUAAGAGGGGAGGUUUAUGCAAAGCUAAUAUGUAUUAAAAUGUCAAUGUAUCACAGAUGUGAGGACUGUAAUUUACCUACCUGAACUUUAGCAACACUUACUAUGGAGGAAACCAUUUUAUCUAACAUGUUUUUAACCACCUUUUUUGCACUUAACGUGGGUCCUUUAAAAAAUAUAUAUUUUCUAUCUACAUUCGGAUAACUUGUCUUUAUUGAUUUAUUUUAAUUGAUUCAUUAAUGAAUGUUUCAUUUGUGGAAUGUUGUGAAAAGGACAUUUUAAUAAAUCGUUUAAGCAGUGAAGGGAAUUGUUAGGAAUCCUGGGUUGUGUGGAAGGUGAUGAGCAUUUUAUUUAGUUGUCUUUAAGGAUUUCUGUCUUAGAAUAAUUUGUGAAAGAUUGACAGCGCAGUUAAGAUCUUGUCAUUGGUGUUCCCAGAGAUUUUUCAUCUUUAAAUUGAGUCUCAACUCCCAUUUUAUUUCUGUGAACAUUUGAACCAUGAAACAUACAUUUACUUGUAUGUGUCUGACCUGCUUGACCGUGUCUGUAAUUUGUUCUUACAGGAACAACAACUGUAUUCAUCAAAAUUAUAUGAUUGUAUAAAACCAAUAUGCUCUUCAA